GACACGGCAUCUUGAGCAGUUUUCCGUCUUUGGAGGAGUUUUGCAGCGAUUCAACAGGCGACUCGGCCCGGACUGUGUAUCAACUAACUUCCAGAGGUUGAUCCAGCUCUCGUAGACAUGGCAACAACAGGCAGCAUAGAAGGUUUGGAUGACGUCAUGAAAGGAUCAGCAGGGGGUUCUGCCAACACCGUUUCCACCUGGCAAGAAGAAAGCUGUGAGGAGUCUGGAGAGGAAACCGGGAGGCAGGACAAAGAUGUGAAAGUGUUCAGGUGUGAAGAAUGUGGCAAGCAGUUUGGUCGUCUUAGUCAUCUGGAGAGACACAUGCGGACUCACACUGGGGAGAAACCCUACAUGUGUGGGGAGUGCAGCAAGCAGUUUAGUAAGGUGGAAAAUUUGACGACUCACAUGCGGACUCACACAGGGGAGAAACCCUACAUGUGUGGGGAAUGCAACAGACAGUUCAGUCAGCUGGGUAAUCUGAAGAGACACGUGCGGACUCACACAGGUGAGAAACCCUACAGGUGUGAGGAGUGUGGCAGGCAGUUUAGUGAGCUUGGAACUCUGAAGAAACAUAUGCGGACUCACACAGGGGAGAAGCCCUACAGGUGUGAGGAGUGCAGCAGGCAGUUUUGUCAGCUGGGUGAUCUAAAGACUCACAUACGGAUUCACACUGGUGAGAAACCCUACAUGUGUGGAGAGUGUGACAGGCAGUUCAGUCAGCUGAGAGAUUUGAAGAAGCACAAGCAAACUCACAGCGAAGAAACCCUACAGGACACUUACGAGGUUGAUCCAGCUCUCGUAGACAUGGCAACAACAGGCAGCAUAGAAGGUUUGGAUGGCGUUAUGAGAGGGUCAGCAGGGGGUUUCCACCUGGCUUGGAGGACCCGCAAGGGUUUCUGCCAACACCGUUUCCACCUGGCAAGGAGGAUCAGGAGGGGGGUUCUGCCAACACCGUUCCCACCUGGCAAGAAGAAAGCUUUAAGGAGUCUGGAGAGAAAACCGGGAGGCAGGAACAAACGUGAGAAAGUGUUCAGGUGUGAGGAGUGUGCCAAGCAAUUCAGUUGUCUUAGUCUUUUGAAGACACACCUGCGGACUCACACCGGAGAAAAACCCUACAAAUGUAAGGAAUGCAGCAGGCAAUUUAGUGAGCUUGGAAAUCUGAAGAGACACUUGCGGACUCACACAGGUGAGAAACCCUACAGGUGUGAGGCCUGCGGCAGACAGUUUAAACAGCUUGGAAAUCUAAAGACUCACAUGCGGACUCACACAGGUGAGAAACCCUACAGGUGUGAGGAGUGCGGCAAGCAGUUCAGUCACCUGAGUCAUCUGAAGAGACACAUGCGGACUCACACUGGUGAGAAACCCUACAGGUGUGAGGAGUGUGGCAAGCAGUUCAGGUAUCUUAGUGUUCUGAAAACACACAUGCGGAUUCACACUGGGGAGAAACCCUACAGGUGUGAGGAGUGCAGCAGGCAGUUCAGUCAGCUGAGUAAUCUGAAGAAACACAUGCGGACUCACACUGGGGAGAAACCCUUUAUGUGUGGGGUAUGCAGCAAGCAGUUCAGUCAGAUGGAUCAUCUGAAGAAACACAUGCGGAUUCACACUGGGGAGAAACCCUACAGGUGUGAGGAGUGCAGCAGGCAGUUCAGUCAGCUACAUAGCCUGAAGACUCACAUGCAGACUCACACUGGGGAGAAACCCUACAUGUGUGGGGAGUGUGGCAACCAGUUCAGUCAGUUAGCUGACCUGAAGAGACACAUGCGGACUCACACUGGGGAAAAACCCUAUAGAUGUGAGGAGUGCAGCAGGCAGUUCAGUAGACUGGAUUUUCUGAAGACUCACAUGAGGACUCACACUGGAGAGAAAUCCUACAGGUGUGAGGAGUGCAGGAGGCAAUUCAGUCAGCUGGUUGAUCUGAAGAGGCACAUGCGGACUCACACAA